AUGUUGAUGGGAUUUAUGGUUACGCUAAUCUUUAUUUGCAUGUUUGUGAUACUUUCCAUAUAUAUUUAUUACAAAGAAAAAGGCGAAGAACUCUUUACGGAUAAAGGUGGACCAGCAAAAGUGAAACUCGACAAAGCCCAUUCCCCAUAUAUUAUAACUCCGGAACAGAAGUUCACUCAACAGUUCUUAUCCACUGAGGUGACGUUUGUUGAAUGUUCGGCAAAUGAUAUCGUUCAAUUAUUACGUUACAUGGCUUCAUAUGGUGAAUUCUCAGAAGACGUAAUUUACCAAACACCACGAAGCUUUUUCCGUUUGGUGACGCGUGGUAAAACAAAAUUUGAUAAGAACGAUUCUAAAAGUGAGCUGGAAACGGCACCAAAAUCAGGAUCAAAACUGGAAAUACGCGAUGGAAACCAGGCUUCAAAUAUAAUCAACAAAUCGAAGAAGUAA